AAAAAAAAAAAAAAAAAAAAAAAAAAAAAAAAAGGGCUCUUGGCUUUCUAUUAUUUAUUUUUUUUAUUCAAGAAUAAAAGUUUGAUCAGCUUCUUUUUACGAUGAAGUAUAAUCUUCUAGCCGUGCAGCCAGUCUCGUGCUUUACUCGCGUAUGAUAAUGUGUGUUGAUUUUGGCUUUUGGAUUGGAGAUGGAAGCUGCGACGGAGGGUAUAUUUGUGCACAAGCGGAAAUCUGAUCUAAUUCCUCAAACAGCGAUCGCUGUCGUUUCUGCAAAUGCAGAUGACGUGAGAUGAGAGCGGAUCCGCGCUGGCGAGACAGGGGUGACAGAUACAGCCCAAUCAUAGCUGACUGGAACAUUAUAUGUGAGAAGCAAACAGAGCGAUAAUCGAAUGCACUACCUGACCGAAGAAUGAACAGCAAAGCAGAAAAUCUGGACACACCGUCUGUUGAUGGGAGUUUAAAGUCUCUGAAGACACUUCAAGAUUUUUUUCAACGACCCUUCGGCACAAAAAAACUUUUUUUUUUCCACAUUUUUUUAUUUUAGUUUUUGUGUUUUCUCAAGAAUCGUCCUCAAAAUGAACAUAUUCUCCGGAGAAGACUUCUUUGGGCGAGGAGGAGGUGGAGGAGAGAGCACGGGCGCUCAAAAGUUUCACCCUCGCAUCAAGACAAGUUAUUGUUGUUUAAAAUCUUGUGGUGGCAAACGACACAGAUUCGAUCCGCUUGCGAGAGGCCGUUGGAAAGAGGCUGUCACGUGUCCUCGGGUGCCAAUGUUCUUCCAGAAGGCGGUCAGGACCCUGGUAGCCAGUGAAACACAGUCUGGGAAGCACGGAGAUGCAGAAAACGACCUACUACGACAACUCGACGCUAUUCGGGGGCUACCCUUACCAAGGGGCCAACGGCUUCGGCUAUGAGCCACCCCAGCCGCCAUACCAGUCCGCGGCCCACCUCGAGACCGACUACCAGAGGUCGGCCUGUUCGCUCCAGUCGCUUGGCAACAGCACCCAGCAACACGCUAAGUGUAAAGACCUGAAUGGAAGCUGCAUGCGCCCCAGUUUGCCAUCUGAGCACCACCAGGCCCGCCCAGUGUCACCCCCUCAGAAUCCUGACAACAGCGCGUCCAACAGCGGCGGCGCGGCGCAGCAGCCUGGCAGCAGCACCGGCAGCAAAAGCGCUUCAUCAAAGUCAUCCUCCUCCUCCUCCUCCUCCCCCCCACCCAACCCCACUUUAACCAAACAGAUAUUCCCUUGGAUGAAAGAGUCGAGGCAAAACUCAAAACAGAAAAACAGCUCUCCAGGCACAGCGGAAAGCUGCAGCAGCGGUGGCGGUGGUGGCGACGGGGAUAAAAGCCCCCCGGGGUCUUCAGCCUCCAAGAGAGCGCGCACGGCCUACACGAGCUCGCAGCUGGUGGAGCUGGAGAAGGAGUUUCAUUUCAACCGGUAUCUGUGCCGGCCGCGGCGGGUGGAAAUGGCAAACUUGUUGAACCUCAGUGAACGGCAAAUCAAGAUAUGGUUCCAGAACCGCAGAAUGAAGUACAAAAAGGACCAGAAAUUGAAAGGGCUGGGGUCCUCCUCUGGCGGGCCGUCCCCUACAGGCAGCCCGCCCUUGCCCAUGCAGUCCUCGGCUGGUUUCAUGAACCCCAUUCACCCGAUGAGUAGCAGCUACGACGCUCCUUCCCCACCGUCUUUCAACAAACCUCACCAGAACGCCUACGCUAUGUCAACGGCCUAUCAAACCCCAAUGAAAAGCUGCUCUUCCCAGCACAAAUAUAGCAGCACGGCGCCGGAGUAUGACCCCCACGGUUUACAGGGUAACGGCGGUGGAUACGGGACUCCCAGCAUCCAAGGUAGUCCCGUGUACGUUGGAGGAAACUAUGUGGAUUCUAUGCCGGCCUCUGGCCCAUCUCUGUACGGCUUGAAUCACCUGGCCCAUCACCAGUCUAACAAUAUGGACUACAACGGUGGGCCGCAGUUGCCAGCUAGCCAACACCAUGGGCCAUGUGACCCUCAUCCUACGUACACAGAACUUUCGGCGCAUCAUUCUUCUCAGGGUAGAAUCCAGGAAGCGCCCAAGUUAACGCAUCUGUAGCAGGUUUGAUAUCGAAACACGACUAACAGGGGCACUGCAAUGGGACAGCACGCUACCCAGUGGUUUUUGUCAUUGUUGUCCGAAAAAAAAGACCCCCCCCCCCCCACACACACACACAAACACGCUUAGAGACAACACAAUGUUUAGCAUUGUGUAUAAUAGCCGGUUGGUUAAAAUUUGGCAACUCCAGCGCAUGCGUUUUGGAAAGAGGUUCUGUAAAUCCAGGACUUACAUUUAUUUAUUUAUUUAGUAUAUAUCUCUUUUUUGUUGUUGUUGUAGAAAUUGAGUUGUCUUACGAGCACUUGGUGUUUUAACGUGACUUUGGACAUCGUUUUCAUAACGCAUUCAAACACAAUUCAUGCAGUCUGUGAAAAAACAGGUUUGCAGUUAAAACUGGACUCAAGAAAAAAACUACCAAAAAAUCAAACAACUAAAAACCACUGGGUACUUAUUUUGCUUUCCAUUUCACUUUACCUCUUUCAUUCCCUCAUACUGUCCACUAAUCCUUUACCACGAUACAUUUUCUUUUACUAAUUACAUACCUGGCAGAAGCUGCUUGCCAUUAUGGAAUCGUCCCCUCGUUUCUCCAGUAGAGUUAAUAUCCAAACUUAGCAACUUAACUCCAGUUGUUAUUGUUGUUUUGUUAUUCUGCUUCUUUUUUUUAAAAAAAGGGACUUAUUAUUUAUAAGGUUUACAUUCAGAGUCUUCAGCUCCGUGUGUUAGAGUUGUGCCUCUUUAUAGUGUGGGGUUUGUUCUUUCUCUAACAAUCUUUAGGGUUCACUUGCAUUAGGCAACGCUAAUGCUAACAGCCCACAUUUUUCUAUGUUCUCUUGACUUGACGUGAAAACAGGGUAUAUUUGAACAAAUUCUAUGUCCUGGAAAUUAAGCAGAGGCGAAGACGUUUUGGUAUUUGCUAAUGCGUUCUGCUCCGGGGCAUAUUUUGUCGCACUUAGAGUUUACAUUUUAAAUGGGUGAAGCAAAUAAUUUUUCAUAAGAAAUACGUCCAAUCAGCACCAAUCGACGGCGUCGUUUAGUACGUGUGUUCUAGUGAACAUCCCUAAAUAUGCAUUUAUUUGUUAUAGCCAGUUUUAAAAUAUUUUUUUGUAUUAUUUAUCCCACACAUUAU